AUGCCAGGUAUACUUAAAAUUAUUAAUAAUAACAGACUUUCAUCAAUUGCUAAUGUCACAAGAAGUUAUAAGAAAAGGAGCCUUAGUUUUAUUAAUAAUUCAUUAAAAUUUGCUGCAAGCAAUGAUAUUAGUGGAAAAAGAUGUUUUGUAAAUAAUCCAGUUGUUGAACUUGAUGGAGAUGAGAUGACUAGAAUAAUUUGGACUAAAAUAAAGGAUAAACUGAUUUUACCCUAUCUUAAUAUUGAAAUUAAAUAUUUUGAUUUGGGCAUGGAAAAUCGUGAUACAACAAAUGAUAGAGUCACAAUAGAGGCAGCAGAAGCGAUCAAGAAAUACAAUGUUGGUAUUAAAUGUGCAACUAUUACGCCUGAUGAACAAAGAGUCAAAGAAUUUAACUUAAAAAAAAUGUGGAAAUCUCCAAAUGGAACAAUUCGUAAUAUCUUGAAUGGUGUUGUGUUUCGUGAACCAAUCUUAUUGAAAAAAAUCCCACGUAUUGUAUCCACUUGGACUAAACCAAUUGUUAUUGGAAGACAUGCAUUUGGAGACCAAUACAAAGCUACAGAUCUUGUUAUUGAUAAACCUGGUAAAGUUUUAUUGAAAUUCUUGCCUGAUGAUAAUGACUCCCCAAUUGAAGAAACUGUUUAUGAAUUUAAGGGGCCUGGUGUAACACUGGCAAUGUAUAAUACUGAUGAGUCUAUCACAGGUUUUGCUGAGAGUAGUUUUAAGAUGGCAUUAAGCAAAAACAUGCCAUUGUAUCUUAGUACCAAAAAUACUAUUUUAAAAAAAUAUGAUGGCAGAUUUAAAGACAUUUUUGAAGAAAUUUAUGAAAGUAAAUAUAAAAAUGAAUUUAAAGCUCAAAAUAUUUGGUAUGAACAUAGACUUAUUGAUGAUAUGGUAGCUCAAGCACUAAAAUCUGAUGGAGGAUUCGUCUGGGCAUGUAAAAAUUAUGAUGGGCAAAGAUGUUCAAAAACUUCAACAAAUCCAAUCGCUUCAAUUUUUGCUUGGACAAGAGGGUUGGCUCACAGAGCUAGGUUAGAUGGAAAUGAUAAAUUAUUAAAAUUUUCCACAGAUCUUGAACAAGCUUGUAUUGACACUGUUGAUGUUCAUGGUAAAAUGACUAAAGAUUUAGCAUUAUCAAUUCAUGGAAAAAA